GUCGGAGGCUUUGAAGAUAAGAAGGGACAGGGAAGCUUUGCAGCCGGGCCGUACAUGUCGAAACAUGGAUCUUCGAUGCUCGCCAAGGCGCCACAGUCUCGUGAUGGCUUGCACGACCAUGAUGAAGAUCCUCGCCACCGUAACCAGAAAGAUUCCCACGAGGAAGAAUCAAAUGAGAGGAGGAGAAAACCGCAGGGACUCAACUCUACUUUACUUGAACUUCCUUCUCCGCAAGGCAACUAUGGUUACAUCGGACAAAUGCCACCACCAUCGCGGGGAGAAGGGCAGAGGUCCAAGCCGCAUUUCGUGAAGGAUCCGAAGAGGCAGAGCAUAGAAGCGCCAAUGAUGAAGAUGGAGGUCCUGAUGGAUCAGAAAUCUCCGAGACAGCAGAUGCCGCAGGGAGGAUAUGGGAUGAUGUCCAAGAAGAUGCCGGCUGCCAAGGGAUACAGCAAGCACGGCAUGCAGUCGCUGGCACCACUCAGCGGUUACGACACGUUGCAUGCGAAGUCAAGCCAUGGGUCGAGGUUGAAGCAGGACCUAUCCCUCUCGUCGGGUGCUGGUUACAAAUCGAUUGCCGGCUACAACUCGAUGCAAAUCCCCGAAGAAGAUCGCCACUUGCUCAACAGCAUGCCGUUGGAUCCGCAGCAUCGCUGAAUGUCGUCGUUAUUGUUUCCUCUUGUUUGACCUUUUAAUCUAUCUGUGGCCUGCCGUUGUUGAUGAUUUGUAUACUGGCGAUGAAUACAUACUUGUUCUCGG